CUCGCCCGCUGUGAUGACUUACCGGCUCCAAUCACGAGGGUGUCAACCUUGACGUGAGACAUCGUCGGAGGUGGCAAUGAGAGAUGUCAAGAGAGUGAAAGGGUGACGAGGGUAGCAAGGAGCGAAUGCAGUGAAUGUAUGCCUGACAAGCUGAUAUGAUCCCAAUGCUUCUAUCUAGUGUGUACGUGUGCAAGGGUUGAAGAGCGCGAGAUGAGACGAAGAAGGAGGAGCAGCAGGAGGAGGAAUGGUAGGACGCCAGGGUUGCAGCCCCCUACGCAUACGAGCCACUUCACUGAGGAGAUGCACACAACAUUCGGGAGCGGAGUCUCAAUUCAUGACGCUGCCACGUGCAAAAGUGUCUCACACCGCCCUCGGAUACCAGUCAUGGGCCACACUUCCCCGACGUCGACGAGACUGCAGAGGCACGCCGGACGAGGAGUGCUGCUACUGCUGGUGCUGAUACUGAUUGGCAUUGUCGAUUGCGCUGCCCGUUGACAUGUUUCAUAUAUGCUCUGACUGAUUUCUCUCCGUCGCCUCUGUCU